GUCCACCUGGCAAAGAUGUCCCCCGGCUGCCGAAGACGCCUUUCUCUCGUACUCCCACCUUCCCGUGUUACCAGACCCACCCGACGUUCAGGCUCGUGAAGACGCCACGCCACCCUCGUUCCCAAAGAAGCCGAAGGACGUUGGGGGAGAAGGAAGCGCCCAGGGGAACGUUGCGACCGAGGGGUGACGUUUCCCGGGGACGGAGUUCGAGACGUCACCCGGUCGAGGAUGGCUGCUCGGCCCCCUCCGCCGGAGCCGCCAGCUCCGCUAGAACUGCACGGCGACUUCAAGAAGCCGUCCUUGCCCGUGCCACCGGCUGCAGCGCGGGGCAGGGCCUCGGCCACCAGUCCCUGCGAUGCCGAGGAAGCGAAGAAAGAGGGACCCGCGGCGCCGCCGGACCCGGAUUCCGGGGAACCUCAAGUUCUACCUGCCGGGCCGGACGGCGGAGGGGCCCGGGGUCCACAGGAGGAGCCCCCGCGACCCCCGACAACCGCUUCUCCCUCCUGUGGCCCGGCCCGGGCGCCUGCCUAUCAAGAGCCGCCGUGGGGCGGUCCGGCCACGGUCCCCUACAGCCUGGAGACCCUGAAGGGCGGCACCAUCCUUGGCACCCGCAGCUUGAAAGGCACGAGCCGCUGCCUUUUCGGGCGGCUGCCGACCUGCGACGUGUGCCUGGAGCACCCUUCGGUGUCCAGGUACCACGCCGUGCUGCAGCACCGGGUGCCCGGCGCCGACGGAGACGGGCCCGGCCCCGGGCCCGGCUUCUAUCUCUACGAUCUGGGAAGCACCCACGGCACUUUCCUCAACAAAACCCGCAUCCCUCCCCACACCUAUUGUCGGGUCCACGUGGGACACGUUCUUCGCUUGGGAGGCAGCACCCGGCUCUUUAUCCUGCAGGGACCAGAGGAAGACCAAGAGGCAGAAUCUGAGUUAACGGUAACGCAGUUGAAGGAAUUACGUAAGCAACAACAACUGAUGUUGGAAAAGAAGAUGUUAGGAGAAGACUCAGACGAAGAAGAGGAUAUGGAAUCCACCGAAACGAAGAGAAAUCCGAGUAGUCAGGAUGAUGAAAUCGGCUGCACCUGGGGAAUGGGAGAAGAUGCUAUAGAGGACGAGGCUGAAGAGAAUCCCAUUGUCCUAGAAUUUCAGCAGGAAAGGGAGGCCUUUUAUAUAAAGGAUCCAAAAAAGGCUCUCCAAGGUUUUUUUGACCGAGAAGGAGAAGAAUUAGAGUAUGAGUUCGAUGAACAGGGGCACAGUACUUGGCUCUGCAGGGUGAGGUUACCCGUGGAUGAUUCAACGGGGAAACAGCUCAUGGCGGAGGCCCUUCACUCGGGAAAGAAAAAGGAAGCCAUGAUGCAGUGCUCCCUGGAAGCGUGUCGGAUCCUGGACACUUUGGGAUUGCUGCGUCAGGAGGCAGUAUCUCGGAAACGGAAAGCCAAGAACUGGGAGGAUGACGACUUCUACGACAGUGACGACGACCCUUUCCUUGACCGGACCGGCCUGGUUGAGAAGAAGCGUCUCAGGCGAAUGAAGAAGGCUGGGAAGGCCGAGGAGAAGCCAGAGACCUUGGAGUCACUGGUUGCAAAGUUAAAUGAUGCUGACAAGGAGCUCUCUGAAAUUUCAGAGAGGCUAAAGGCCUCAAGCAGAGCUCAGUCAGAGUCUCCGUCUCAGGACUCCUUGGACGCAUUCAUGUCGGAAAUGAAGUCGGGGAGUGCCUUAGAUGGUGUGUCCCGGAAGAAGCUUCACUUGAGAACUUUCGAACUGCGGAAAGAACAGCAGAGACUUAAAGGGUUGAUAAAAAUUGUAAAGCCAGCAGAGAUCCCAGGACUGAAAAAGGCCCUGUCCACCGCCACCAUCGUCACUAAGUUACCCCCUAAGCGUCCAGAACUCCCUCCAACACUGAUGAGAAUGAAAGAUGAGCCGGAAGUAGAAGAGGAGGAGGAAGAGGAGGAGGAGGACGGGGAGGAGUGCGGCAAGAAGAAAGUGCAGGAGGGCAGUGGUGAGCUACAGCCUGAGAAGGAGCCCGAGGCAGCAGGGCCUGGAAGGAGCCCUCCCACAGACUUCCCAUGUUCUCAAGAAACAAAAGGCCAUGAAAACAUGCCCCAGCUCGGCCGGGUGGCAGAGACUAGAGAUGAGCCAGAGACCUGCGAUCCCGCCGCAUCCCUCCAAGAGCCCUCAGUAUCAAAGAGUGCAUGUGAGAGACGCAGAGGUGAGCUGAAGCAAACGGCAGCUGCCGGCCCCAGUAAGGUCCCAUCCACCCUUUCCUCCACGUACCCGGAAGACGACCCCGACUACUGUGUCUGGGUCCCACCUGAAGGCCAAAGUGGAGAUGGCAGGACGCACCUGAACGACAAGUAUGGCUAUUGAUGCCCCAGAGCCCAGAGAAGGCCUGUGGACCUAGCGAUGCGGGGCUGGGGGAGGGUACUGCAAGAUGGAACCGGAGCGGGAGCUCGGGGAUCACCUGUCAGAUCUGCUCACUGCCUUUUCUUCUCUGCAGGGGCUUUCUUAAUGUAUCCACCCCCCUGUUCUUCUGAAUGUGGUAUUUAUGUUUGUAUGUGUUUGUGUAUGUAUAUAAAAAAGGAACCAUAUAUUUUGCAAAUAAGUAAAAUGAGAGAAGUAACCCUAUUAAACGAGAAGGCAAAGAUGCCUCUAAUGUUGAUUUAAAGUCCCAGCUGAUCUUAUCUUAGAGACACAUUCUCAUGAGUAGGCUACUUCUGGAGUUAAUUUCUAGGAUUCACCGAAUUUGCUUCCUCAAGUAAGUGUUAAAAUAUGAAGUCAUGCCAUGGGUGUUACCCUGGGUGUCCCUCUCGUGCUUGGGACUGGAAAUUGAUACACACUGGGGCUUCCUCCUCCCUCCAACCAUCCAACUAUGAUCCUCUGCCAGGUUGGAGAGCAGACUCCACCUGUCAGCCACAGGAGCUCCUCCCCCUUUGCAUUACUUCAUGCCCCCAGGCUCCUGAUAGGAACAUCUGCAUGUCCAGGACUUGACCGUCAUAGGAGAUACUCGUCCUCCAAUACUGGGCAAAUAAGCUCAUCCUCCUAUGGGGCUUCUCACCUUUCUGGAAGUGGAAAUAGAAGUUCCUUUCCCUCUGGAAACAUGAAGAAAUUCUGCAAGGUAUCUUGGCCUCUUACUUCCUGGCCCCUUGUAUUCUUCAGAGUGGAAGUAACUUGGGAAGUUUUGGGGUUUGGCCCCAGUAGAGCGGACAUGAGGAUGAAGCUUUCCUAAUAGGGGUUAUUUCAGUUGAGCUCAAUGUGCCUCUGAGACAUCUAUGCGAAGAUGUCAAGAAAGAAGCUGACGAGAUAAAUCUGGGUCUCAGAAGAGAGGCCGGGGAACAGUUGCUGUCUUCAUUAAUAGAAGGAAGAUGGGUGCCACCCGGCAAGUGAAAGACCAAGGACAGGCAUUUUGAAGACCGGCCCUAGACUUGGACAGAGGGUUCUUUCUGCCUUUAAUCCUGGGGACAGAACAGAUGAUUAUUCUGGUUGUGGGCACUCAUUCACUGGGGAGAAGAAUAAAGUGCUAUCUCCUUACAGGAACAGA